GCAUCAUCGUCAUUUUGGAGAUUGGUAAUCAGCAGAUCGUAUUAAAAUAUCAAGUUUUCUACGGAAAUCUACCACAAAAUAUCAACAAAAUGUAUCUUAUGUACACUGUGAAUGAAAAAGGUGAACGGGUUUACACAUUGAAGAAAAAUUACUCCGACGGAAGUCCAACACAAUCCGCACAUCCGGCGAGAUUCUCUCCGGAAGACAAAUAUUCUCGCCAUCGUAUCAUCAUCAAGAAGCGUUUCGGAUUACUAUUGACUCAGAGUCCUGAACCAGUUUAUUAGAAGCUUAGAUUUAAGAAUGAUUGUAAGAAUAAAGGAUUAAAUGUUUAU